CGUUAUCCUGGAGAACAAAAAGAGCACGAGCGAGUAUGUAAACAAGUAAGCGCCUCGUCGAUUUGUAGUUUUUAAUGUCUGUGAAAACAUUCAUGAGGGAGGUUAAUCAACUCUGAACCAUGUCUGAAAUAUACAGGCGUGUAACUAAGGCAGAAGGCCUGGAGCUGUUCAUUAAUAAAUCGUCUGUAAGAAUAGUAUAUCACAGCUCGGUCCAGUAUUGUUUAAAGCAGAAAGCACCCAUGUAUUCCCGACGCUCCUCCAGAACACCAAAGCAUCUGAGCCCGAAGAAAGAAGUGACCCAGCACAGGAAGAGCAGUAAGAGACAGAAGAAGAUGGGGCUGAAGAAGAGCAAAGCAAGCGACAGUGAAGUAAACACAGACAAGAGGAGAGAUCUUGACCUCCUGGACAUUAUCGACCGUACGCAUGGGGAGAAAGGUUUGCUUGAGGAGCACGACAGAGAGUGUGUGGAGGUAACGAACAAAGGAGUGGACCAGUCUGAUGAAGAGUGUCUCUCAGUGAACAGCAGCAUAGAUUCUGGACCCUCCAUCCCCUUUAAGACCAGUCCCGAGAAAGACAGGCCCUCACAGAGCUUGUGCUCAGCCUGUCGGAAACUCCACUCAAAGGCAAAGAGGAUGAAAAGACCAAUUAAAGACAAACUCUUAGACAAUGAUCCAAAGUCCCUGACUUGUGACCAGUGGGUUCUGAUCAAGAGCUGGCAACCAAGCAGGCUGCCCAAUCCAAGAGGGAAGCUGUUACAUUAUUUAAAGCUGGUUAAAGGAAGACUUACAUUGUCGAGAGAGGGGGAAUCAUCAGCCUGCCCGAGGCCACACACAUUCCUCCAGAGGAACCUCAGACAGUGUGCCAGAGCGCCAGUGAAAAGAGUGACUAAGAAAAACAGGAAGAGGAAAAGAGAGGAUCCAUGGGGCUCACGUGCCACCAAGCAGAAGCGUAUCCGCAACAACAAUCAGCAUCAGCGAGUUGAUGCCGAUGCUGAUGCUGAUAUCAACGGUUAUCACCCGACCAGCGCUCUCAGCAGCAGUCCUGCUCUGGAGGGAGGCAGCGAUCAAGAAAUGGACACUGUGACUGUGGAGUUGAUUCCCUGCUCCCUCACUCUGGAGACCAUCACAGACGUCCCUGCAGAUCAGAACAAAGCGAGGAAAAAGGGCGGGUUCAGAGAUCUGCUGGCCCAGCUGAGGGGCAACAGCAGCAUGAUCGUUAAAGAAACAGGUUAUUAAAGACUUGUUUAAACUGCUGUAGUGUUAUGGAGGAUUGAUGCAGCCUAAGCUGCUGGUGUUUACAUUCAGUAUUUCUCCACCUUUGUUUCUGUUCUGGUCACGUCAUUAAAUACUUUACCUGAAAAACCUGAACUGCAAAAACUAAAAUCCGAGCAUUUUUAUUUUUCUGAUUUCUGGUUAGAAUGUGACACAUUUUGACAUUUAACUAAAGUCAGGAAAUACAUUUUAGUUCAAGGUAGAAGUCAAAAAUAAAGCCUGAACAUCAGGUAACAAGUGAAAGAAUCUUCCAGUGUGAUAUUGAUUUCUAGAAUCCUUGCUUCUGAAUGUGAUGUGUUCAGUGUGAUGGUUUCAUGCUAACAUUUUAGUUUUUGCAGUUUGAGUUUAUUAGAAAAGUUCAGCUGAAGUUUCUUUAAAGUGAAUUUUAUUUAUUUUUUGAUACAUUUCCAAAUAACCUUUAAAGUUCUGUACACUGAAGUUCUUGUGUCUGAAAGGUGUGUUGUUGUUCAAGAUUUUUAUUUACCACUUUAGACCCACGUGACAUUUCCAUCCUCACCUGAUGAAUCAUUUCCACUUACAGCUGUGUCACAAUUUAUUACAAUUCCUUUUUAAAAGCACGAGUCGACAACAUAGUGUCUUCAAACUAAAAAAUAUCACUUUUUUCCUUUUUCAUGCUGCGUCCUCUAAUGAUGCAUACACUGACUGAUUCACUCACAACAGACAAACCUGAACAAUCCUUCACUUGACACUGACACUAACCUUUGAAGUAGCAGCUCACAUCCCGAGUGUACAAGGUGAUUUAUUUGUGUAAAUAGAAGCGUAAGUUGUUUAUUUUUUGUUUUACUUACGCCAAAAAAACAAAGAUGUGCUGCGUAUAUUUAGUUGUUCAUGUGAAUUUUGGACACUUGUACCUCUGCAACAUAUAAAUAAAAAAUGUGUUUUAAAGAAUA